UAUAGGAAUUGGCAAGAGAGUUGAAUAGGGAAAGAGUAAAAAAUAUUGACUCUGCUUCCAGAAGACUCAUCUCUGAUAUGUAUUGGCUAUUCUGGGGUUUCUCUUUAUCCUUUCUAGGUGACCUGAUCUGCCUAGAGGAGGGUUUUAUGGGCCUCUGUGCUACCUGACCUCUAUUAUUCCUCAGCCUCCACAGUUCUUUCAUGUUCUUUUCUUCUAGUUUCAGAGUCACUUCUCUAGACUCAGAAAAAGAUAAUUUGAGGGUGAGGGUGGAGUGAAGAGUCAAGUUUUCUCUGGCUAUAGGAAAACUGGUUUUAACUCUGGCCCCCAAUCCUUGUCUUGGAGGGACAAAUUGAGGGGAGAGACAAGGGAGAGAUUUUUGACUAAAUAAGGUGGGUAGUGAUUGGAGAGAAUGACUAGUAGCUGGCACUAGUGGUUAAAAGGUUUAUUGGCUUGGCACACCCAGGGAAUGAUAGGAAGAGGAUGUAACUGUGUUGGGGACAGGGCAGCUGUGAUCUUUUAGAGUUGGGUAGAGAAAAAGGGCAUUACCAUCUGCAAAUAAGUAUCCAUUUGUUCUUUCCCAAGAAAGACUCAUGACAGAUUCAUAGGAAGCAAAGUGAAGUAUGAUUUAAUUGGGGCUUGUCCACUAUAUUAAUGCUAUAAUGCAGAAUUUUGCAUGGAACUCCACCCCACCAUUACUCUGGACUGACAUGGCAGAUGGACACUUCCCUACUUCCUGCUAUGGUUAGGAUCACGUCCAAAUGACAGCUCUCUUUCCCAUAAAGAGAUGCUGGGAUCUCUGUACUCCUUUGGGAAGCCCCCCCAGAAUAAACUCUUCAAGGCCCUUAAGGAAUGAGAGUUUAGGGGUUCACUAUCAAGGAAAAUAUAAAAUAGGGGGAUACCAGUGUGAAUGUGGAGAUCUGUUCUAGGGUUAGAAAUACCGUAGGAGCUAAAUGUAAAGUUUACAGUAAAAGUUCCUUGAGGGCAGAGUAUGUUUAUCAUGUCCUCCAGUCUCCAGGAUAGCAAUGUAGAUAACAAGUACUUAUAAAUGUUAAGUUGAAUUGAAUGGCACUAGACUGAGCCUGACAAUGGCUUCUCCAAGGUUACUAGUCUUGCUAGACAGGCCUUUAAAAGACCAAAAUGAGUCAUAGAUAAGGGGUGUGUAUAGGAUAUAUAUGUGAAUAUUUGUGGUAGCAUGUGUAUCUAUGAAUGUGUGUUUAUGAGAUCACUGGGAAGAGAAUACAGUAUAAUACUUACAGAGCAUUUAGUUCUGCAUAAGAUGUAAAAUCAUACCAGGGUUCCAAACAACAGAGUGUGAGCUGUGUGUGGUAGAGUUUUAAGUGUGGAUAAAGGAGGGAGACCAUUUGUCUAGUCUAGUGUCUGCAUGUGCACGUAGUCAUAUAGGAAGGAGGGACUAUCAACAGAUGUCUGUCGGAGAGAUUGUGUGUGGGUGUAUGUUCGUGUCAUGUGUGUUCAAAGAGAGCCCUCUGAGGAUAAACUUUUCUUUCUUGGAUUUGGACACUAGUAUAAAUGGAAGUAACUAUAGCCACAGCCUCCCAAUGCUAUUAGUCUUCAUCUUAUUUAACCAAUAAAGAAUAUUGAGGCAUCCCACUUUGGUGCAAACAAUAAAUUAACAGCCAUUUUAAAAAGUUGCACUCACUAUCAGAUACAAAAAUGAGACUGUUCUUGCUCUUGAAGAAGUUAUGUUCCAUAGGAUAUCAGUGUGAAUAUAACAUAUUCUCAAAAAAAUAAACGCAAUAUCUCUACAGAAUAAAUAUACAUUAAGUCCAAGGAAGGCAAUAACUGGGGGAAUCUGGAAAGACCUCUUAAAAGAUAUAACUUGACCUGAACUUUAAAGGGAACUAGGGGUACCUUGAGGUAGAGGUGAGAAAGAGCAUUCCAGGUAUAUGGGGAAUAGUUUAAUUUAAAAGCCCACAGGCAGAAGACAGCACAAUCUGGCUGUAACAUAGAAUGUGUGAGUAGAAGGAGAAUGUAAUCCGCUUGGAAAGAUAGUUUAGAAAGAGAAUCCAGAAGAGAUUAUUUUAUCCUGAUGGAGUAAUUGAAGUUUAUUGAGCAGAGGAGUGACAUGCUUUAUGUCACUAUGCUUUAGAAACACCUCCAUGCAGUUAGUUGCAUAGAGGAUGGAUUGGAAAGGGAAGAAUCUAAAGGGCCAAUAUAUUGACAAUUGCAAUAAUGAGGUGAUAAGUGAUAGGGCUUGAACUAGGGUGAGUAUGGAAAGAGUAGAGAGAAGGGAACAGAUGUAUGAGAUGUAGAGGUAGAAUCAAUAACACUUGGCAACUGUUUGCAUAUGAGAGUGAGAGUGAAGAGUCAAGUAAUACUGGUGGGGGUUGGGGAAGAGCCUAGAUUACCAAUUUAAGGAUUCCCGCUGAUCACCUUUCCUCCUCGUCUCCAGAGCCAUCCUGCUCUAGGCCCCAUGGAGUUUGCCCUGCUGAGUGAAGCUGAACCCAGAAGCCCUGCACUGUCUCUGUCUGAUGCCGGCACUCCCCACCCCCCUCACCCGGAGCACAGCUGCAAGGGCCAGGAGCAUAGCGACACGGAGAAAGCUCCGCCUCAAUUGCCCGGAGGGUCCCCAACUGAGGAUGGUUCCCUAAAGAAGAAGCAGAGACGGCAGCGUACUCAUUUCACCAGUCAGCAGCUGCAAGAACUGGAAGCAACCUUCCAGCGAAACCGCUACCCGGACAUGAGCACGCGAGAAGAGAUUGCAGUGUGGACCAACCUCACCGAGGCUCGAGUUAGGGUGUGGUUCAAGAAUCGCCGGGCCAAGUGGCGGAAGCGGGAGAGGAGCCAGCAAGCCGAGUUGUGCAAAGGUGGCUUCGGGGCGUCGCUGGGCGGGCUGGUGCCUCCCUACGAGGAGCUAUAUCCCGGGUACUCCUACGGGAACUGGCCGCCCAAGGCCUUGGCCCCGCCGCUCGCAGCCAAGACCUUUCCCUUCGCCUUCAACUCGGUCAAUGUGGGCCCUCUGGCCUCGCAGCCGGUGUUCUCUCCUCCCGGCUCCAUCGCCACCGCUGCCUCCAUGGUCCCCACAGCUGCUGCCGGCGCUGCGGGAGCUGUGGCCGGCCCCGGAGGCCUGCAGGGAUUGGGCGGGGGUCCUGCGGGGCUGGCCCCGGCUGCGGUGUCUUCGGGGGCGGUGUCUUGCCCCUACGCUUCGGCUGCAGCCGCGGCCGCCGCUGCCUCUUCCCCUUACGUAUAUCGGGACCCGUGUAACUCAAGCCUGGCCAGUCUGCGGCUCAAAGCCAAACAGCACGCCUCUUUUAGUUAUUCCGCAGUGCCCGGUCCGGCCCCCGCAGCCAACCUCAGCCCCUGCCAGUACGCCGUGGAGCGGCCAGUAUGAGCCGGCCGGUCCUCUCCCCCCCAGCCAAUCCCACCCGCCCACCAGGAGCAGGGCAACGGACCGAUCAGCCCAGCCUUAGACUGCAAUUCCCCAGGGUUUGCUCAGCUUGACCCCUCAGCUCUCCCAGCGUCUGGACUAGAGUACCCCUCCUCCUCUGGGAAGAAAUGGGCGGGGGGCAGUCCCUGUUCCACCCCCUGGUCUCAACGGUACCCUGAGUGAUCAAUCGGACCCGGAGGUGCAGAAACAGCGGCCUCGAGCUCGAGGCGGGGGAAGGGAGCCAGGUCGCUGUGAAACCCCCUGGGGAUGUAAGUGGGAGACAAACGUUCCACGUUCACCGGCCAGCUCGUUUUGGCCCCUUCCAGUUAGCUCCGACUCUCUCCCCAUCCCGGUUUUAAAAAAUCAAAUAAACCGGAGACUCCCC